AUGGCUUCCAACAAGAGUUGGUCUCAAUUAGUGACCGACGAAGCGAUUGCAACGAAACAACCAUUUGUUGUGAAUUCGGUGUCCAAUGAAAAGACAGUCGUCUCUCUCGACGACGUCAUGUCCGAAGAGUUGGCCAAACAGUUGGACGACGAGGACUUUGCCGGAGGUAUUGAGGAAGCGAUGGCUGCCAUUGGGGGCCAAGAAGUGACCGAAGAGUCGAUCCCAGAGAUGACGGAAGGGUUUGUGUGUGGUUUGCGUUGA